AUGCAAUGGCUGGAUCGGUCCCGAUGGACGACCGCCCCCUACUAUGCUUUUGUUGUUCUCGUUAUUGCAUGCGGGUGCAUGCCGAAAGGUUACGAUGAGGGAGGUUUCAGUUCUAGCAUGUCCUUGCCAUCCUUUAAGGAGGAUUAUAAUCUACUCCCGCAGAACUGGGAGGGCAAUUCCACGGGGUUAACGAACAGGAAGGCGAACAUUUCUUCGUUCUUGACUCUGGGUGCGGCAUUCGGUGCUUUGAGUUCUCUGUACUUGAACGACAAGCUAGGUCGGAUCUUGUCAUUCCGUCUUGCGAUUAUUGUUUGGGGUAUCGGUACCUUCAUUCAAGUCUUUUCUUCUGGCAUUUAUGGCUUGCUGCUGUUUUCACGCAUCUUCGCUGGCUUGGGCGCCGGUCUUCUCACAGUUACAUCGCCCAUGUAUCUGUCGGAAGUGGCACCUAAGGCAACACGCGGUCUGGCAGUAGGCCUGGCAAUGGUGACUCUACUCACUAUUCUUACAAUCGGCUUCUUCAUUAAUUAUGGCGCGAAUCUCCACAUGGCCGCCACCCGUACCCAAUACCGACUAGUCCAAGCCAUCCCUCUAAUCCCUGUCGGCAUCGUCUUCAUCCUCUCAUUCUGGUGCCCCGAGACACCCCGAUACCUCGCCUCCAAGCAGCGCCACGAUGAAGCAAAGCAAGUCCUCGCCCGCCUCCGCGGCACAACACCAGACGACGAGAGCAUCCUGGCCGAAUUCGAGGAAAUCGAUGCUACCAACAAGCAGCGCGCCGAACUGGCUUCGAUCUCGAAUUGGGAAGCCCUCAAGGAAUCUCAACUAAACCCGAACUACCGUCAACGCUUCUGGCUCCUCAUGGCCUUGCAGACCAUCGCCCAGUGGUCCGGUGGUAACGGUAUUACUUACUAUAUCUCGACCAUCUUCCAGUACGCGGGUAUCACCGGGAGCAACGAGUCACUCAUUUCGUCUGGUGCCUAUGGAAUUGUCAAGUUGGUGUUCACUAUGGCUUUUACUUGGGGUCUUAUCGAUCUCUUUGGUCGUCGUCGCUGCGCACUUACCGGCCUCUCCCUCCAACUUUUGGCUCAUAUCUAUAUGGGCGCUUAUAUGGGUCUUCAGCCCGGUUCGGCGGACAACACUAAUGCUUCGAACGCCGCCAUCGCUUCUGUUUUUAUCUACGCUGUUGGCUGGUCCAUCGGUCUUUGCACGAUUCCCUACUUAUACGGUUCGGAGAUCUUCCCCACCCGCAUCCGGAACGUUUGCUACGGUACCUCCAUGGGUUUGCACUGGUUCUUCCAGUUCGCCGUUGUCCGCGUUACGCCUAACAUGUUCGCGCUGGACGUCUGGGGCGCUUACCUGUUCUGGGCGCUGAUCUGUUUCUGUGGUCUUGUUAUUCUCGGUGUCUGGAUGCCUGAGACUAAGGGCGUGCCUAUGGAGCAGAUGGGUGAGCUCUUUGAUGGUCCGUGGUAUAUGCGCUGGAAUGCGCGUGUCAGGGAUGCAGAUCAUUCUAUUUCCUCUUUUGAGGAUGUUGAAUCUCGUGAUCAGCAGCCUAAAUCUACUCUGUAA